AACAACAAUCUCUUAGGCCAAAAGAACGCACGUACCUCAAACCAAGAUGCUUAUGGUCAACCUCAAGGAAGAACCACCAGAUCCCAAAAAGCCAACUACCAAAAGGAUCUUGAUGAUGUUCAAAGACACAUGUAAGCUUGCUUCCAUUGCCUAGGAUAAUUGCUAUUCCCUUUCUCUUUCUCUUUCUUCCCUUUAUAACUUAUGAUUUCUAUUUAUGAUACUCUUUCUUACUUUUCAAUACAAGUAUAACGAAUUUUCUCGAUAUCUUUCAACAGCACCCAAAAUGUAGCUUUCUUCCAGCCUAUCAGCGUCCUCACCGCCCAACUCUAAAGCGAUAGCUCAAAAGCAAUCGCUGAGCCCUCAGUAAACCUUUCCAACUGGUUAUAAUCUACAAACUUCUCAGAGAGUAAUUGCAUUUCCAAAAUGUCGUCCUUUUGCUCAGAUCUAUCCUCUUUCUUCAAGAUCACAGAUAACAAUUCAAUCAAUUCUCUACUCUUCUUGAUUUUCUUAGCUGGAACCUGGAAAUUAACAACUCUUACUUUGUCCUUUCUAUCUUUGGUCCUAGAUUUAACCAUCUUCCCAAGUGUCAACUACAAAAACUAUCAAUCAAAAGAUAAAGACUGCUGGGCUGUUGUUACUGGGGCUUCCGAUGGCAUUGGAAAGGAAUUCGCUUUACAAUUGGCCAAAAAGGGCUUCAACAUUCUAUUAGCCUCAAGAACUGAAUCAAAAUUAGCUCAGCUAUCAACCGAUAUUCAAAAUAAUUUUCAAGUUCAUACAAAAAUUCUAACCUACGAUGCCUCAAACAUCGACCAAUAUAUCAACUCCAUUAGCCAAUCAAUUAACGGUAUCCCAAUUACUAUCUUGAUCAACAAUGUUGGUCAAUCUCAUUCAAUUCCUGUCCCAUUUGAGGAAAUCGAUGAAACUGAAUUGAACAGCAUCAUUAAUAUCAACUGUGUUUCCACUUUAAAAUUCACAAAAAUCGUUCAAGAUAAUAUCAAAAGAACAAUUCAAUCAAAAAAAGCUAAAAAGGGUUUAAUCCUAACAAUGGGCUCAUUUUCUGGCUUACUUCCAACUCCAUACCUCUCUGUUUAUUCGGGUUCAAAGGCCUUUUUACAAAAUUGGUCAAAUUCUUUAUCAGCAGAAUUAGCAGGCUAUAACAUUGACGUCUCAUGUUUACUUUCUUAUCUAGUUACUUCAAAAAUGUCCAAAAUCAGAAGGAGUUCCUUCAUGAUUCCAACACCAAAAAAAUUUGUUUCGGCAUCUUUAAAUAACUGGAAUAAAAGAUGUGGUGCUCAAGAAAGAUAUAUGACUUCAACACCUUUUUGGUCUCAUGCUUUAAUGCAUUGGUCUAUUGAAAAUACUGUUGGAGUUUAUAGCAAAAUUGCAAACAAACUCAAUUAUAAUAUGCAUAAAGAUAUCAGAAGAAGAGCUUUACGAAAGAAAGCAAGAUUAGCUUCUGGUGAAGAAAAACCAAAGACCAACUAAAUAUAUAUAUAUGAUCAAUAAUAUCUAUACUUUAAUAUUGAUAAAUAUAUACAUGAUGAAAAUAAGUUUAUUGGAAAUCGAUUUAUUAAAACAAGACCAAUAUAUAAAUGUAUAUAUUCGAAUAAUAAUCAAAAGUUUAAGAAUUUGUAAAAAUGAGUGAGUGAGUGGAUAUAAUAAAUGAGUGGCAUUUUAGUUGAUAGUAAAAAAGGUAACAAGUGUAAUGGGUGGUAAUCUUCAAGUUGCAAAAAAAAAAAAAAGAUAAACAAGAGUAUAUAUAAAAAAGGUAUUUAAGAUCAUUUGAAAUCAUCAACUAUAGGCAGUAGUACCUAUUGGUAAAGAGUGUUGCAUUUGGAUAUUUCUUGGUUCAUUAUCUUCCAUAAAGUAAGGAUGAAUCAAAGCUCUUUUGGCACUAAUUCUACCAACUGGAUCGUAGUACAAUAA